GUGUGUGUGCACGCGUGUGGAUGGGUGUGUGCACAUCACAAUUGCGUGUAAGCGUGUCUGGGUGAGUGUGUGUGCACUCGUGUGUGUGUGUUUGUGUUUGUGUGUGUUCUUGGAUAUUAUUAGUUUUUGGAAGAAAAAUCCUGGAAAUCUGGGCCAGGUUAUGGUGCUCCUACAGUGAUCCUUCUUUCCCAAGAGGAGCUGACCAGAGCAAGCCGUUAGAACCAUUUCCCUGCCAUCACCGAGCAUUUUCCUCCCUGAAGGGGAAGGAUUUUUUUUCCCCUGCUCUGCAGCCAAGUCAAAGAGAUUAGUCCCUAAACCUGUGAAAUCAACCAAACCGUGUGAUUCUCCGGGCUUGGGAGAGGACUUGGGAAGAAAAGGAGAAUAAAUCAAACAGCCUGUCAGCUCUUUUGGCCAAGUCGGAAGAUGUCAUCUCAAACUAAGUUCAAGAAAGACAAAGAGAUCAUUGCCGAAUAUGAAGCCCAAAUAAAAGAGAUCCGCACACAGCUGGUGGAGCAGUUCAAAUGCCUGGAGCAACAAUCAGAGUCGCGGCUGCAGCUGCUGCAGGACCUGCAGGAGUUCUUCCGCAGGAAAGCCGAGAUUGAACUGGAGUACUCCCGUAGCCUGGAGAAGCUGGCCGAGCGCUUCUCCUCCAAGAUCCGCAGCUCCCGGGAGCACCAGUUCAAGAAGGACCAAUAUCUCCUCUCACCUGUGAACUGUUGGUACCUGGUACUGCAUCAGACUCGGCGGGAGAGCCGAGACCACGCCACCCUCAAUGACAUCUUCAUGAACAAUGUCAUUGUCCGCCUCUCCCAGAUCAGUGAGGAUGUCAUCAGACUCUUCAAAAAGAGCAAGGAGAUUGGCCUGCAGAUGCACGAGGAGCUGCUGAAGGUGACCAAUGAGCUCUACACAGUCAUGAAAACCUACCACAUGUACCAUGCAGAGAGCAUCAGUGCAGAAACCAAGCUGAAGGAGGCUGAGAAGCAGGAGGAGAAGCAGUUCAACAAGUCAGGAGACCUCAGCAUGAACCUGCUCAGGCAUGAGGACCGGCCCCAGCGCCGCAGCUCCGUAAAAAAGAUUGAGAAGAUGAAGGAAAAGAGGCAGGCCAAAUAUUCUGAGAACAAGCUCAAGUGCACAAAAGCCCGCAAUGACUACUUGCUGAAUCUGGCAGCCACCAAUGCAGCUAUAAGCAAAUACUAUAUCCAUGAUGUCUCUGAUCUCAUUGAUUGCUGUGACUUGGGCUUUCAUGCCAGCCUGGCCCGCACUUUCCGGACCUACCUCUCAGCAGAAUAUAACCUGGAAACCUCCAGACAUGAGGGUCUAGAUGUUAUUGAGAAUGCAGUGGACAACCUGGACUCCCGGAGUGACAAGCACACAGUCAUGGACAUGUGCAACCAGGUCUUCUGCCCUCCACUCAAGUUUGAGUUCCAGCCUCACAUGGGGGAUGAGGUGUGCCAGGUCAGUGCACAGCAGCCGGUCCAGACGGAGCUGCUCAUGCGGUACCACCAGCUGCAGUCCAGGCUGGCCACGCUCAAGAUUGAGAAUGAGGAGGUUAGAAAAACCCUAGAUGCCACCAUGCAGACCUUACAGGAUAUGUUGACUGUGGAGGACUUUGAUGUCUCUGACGCCUUCCAACACAGUCGCUCUACAGAGUCCAUAAAGUCGGCUGCUUCUGAGACCUACAUGAGCAAGAUCAACAUUGCCAAAAGGAGAGCCAACCAGCAGGAAACAGAAAUGUUUUAUUUUACAAAGUUUAAGGAGUAUGUGAAUGGCAGUAACCUCAUCACCAAGCUACAGGCCAAGCACGACUUACUCAAGCAGACGCUGGGUGAAGGGGAGAGAGCAGAGUGUGGCACUACCAGCAGAAGAGAUGGAAGGCUUAGGCUGCCCCACUUUCCCUGGCUGAGCUGUCCCCCUGCUCCCCACUUUGUGCCCCACCCAGCAUUCCAAGGAAGAAGAAAUGCUCGAACCAGGAACCAGGAUUCAGGACAAGCUAUACCACUCGUAGUGGAGAGCUGCAUCAGAUACAUCAAUUUAUAUGGACUCCAGCAGCAGGGAAUCUUCAGAGUUCCAGGGUCUCAGGUUGAAGUCAAUGACAUCAAGAAUUCCUUUGAGAGAGGUGAAGACCCCCUUGUGGAUGACCAAAAUGAAAGAGAUAUCAAUUCGGUUGCUGGUGUUUUAAAACUGUAUUUCCGAGGACUGGAAAACCCACUCUUUCCUAAGGAAAGGUUUCAAGAUUUGAUAUCUACUAUAAAACUGGAAAACCCAGCUGACAGGGUGCACCAGAUCCAGCAGAUCCUAGUCACCCUGCCCCGAGUGGUCAUUGUGGUCAUGAGAUACCUCUUCGCGUUCCUCAACCACCUUUCCCAGUACAGUGAUGAGAACAUGAUGGAUCCCUACAACCUGGCCAUCUGCUUUGGACCCACUCUCAUGCACAUCCCUGAUGGACAGGACCCUGUAUCCUGCCAGGCACACGUCAAUGAGGUCAUCAAAACCAUCAUUAUCCACCAUGAAGCCAUCUUCCCCAGCCCUCGGGAACUAGAGGGACCUGUGUAUGAAAAAUGCAUGGCUGGAGGGGAAGAGUACUGUGACAGCCCACACAGUGAGCCAGGGACCAUCGAUGAAGUUGACCAUGACAACGGCACGGAGCCUCACACCAGUGAUGAAGAAGUGGAGCAGAUCGAGGCCAUUGCCAAGUUUGACUAUGUGGGACGGUCCCCUCGUGAGCUAUCCUUCAAAAAGGGGGCCUCACUGCUCCUGUACCACCGUGCUUCAGAGGACUGGUGGGAGGGUCGUCACAACGGUGUGGAUGGACUCAUCCCUCAUCAGUACAUAGUUGUACAGGACAUGGAUGAUGCCUUCUCUGACAGCCUGAGCCAAAAGGCUGACAGUGAGGCCAGCAGUGGGCCCCUGCUGGAUGACAAAGCCUCCUCCAAGAAUGAUCUCCAGUCCCCCACGGAGCACAUCUCAGAUUAUGGCUUUGGGGGGGUGAUGGGCCGAGUGCGGUUACGAUCCGACGGAGCGGCCAUCCCCAGGCGCCGAAGCGGGGGCGACACACACAGCCCACCCCGGGGCUUGGGUCCCAGCAUAGACACGCCACCCCGGGCUGCCGCCUGCCCCAGCAGCCCCCACAAAAUACCCCUCAGCCGGGGGCGGAUCGAGAGCCCUGAGAAGAGGAGGAUGGCGACGUUCGGAAGCGCUGGCAGCAUCAACUAUCCCGAUAAGAAGGCGCUUGCAGAAGGGCUCUCGAUGAGGUCAACCUGUGGCUCCACCCGGCACAGCAGCCUAGGGGACCACAAGUCCCUGGAGGCUGAGGCCCUGGCAGAAGACAUCGAGAAGACCAUGAGCACAGCUCUGCAUGAGUUGCGAGAACUCGAGAGACAGAACACAGUCAAGCAGGCACCAGAUGUGGUGCUGGACACCCUGGAGCCCCUAAAGAACCCACCAGGCCCCAUCAGCUCAGAACCAGCCAGCCCCCUGCAUACCAUUGUCAUCCGUGACCCUGAUGCAGCCAUGCGCCGCAGCAGCAGCAGCUCAACCGAGAUGAUGACCACCUUCAAGCCAGCCCUGUCUGCCCGCCUGGCAGGUGCCCAGCUGCGUCCACCCCCCAUGCGGCCAGUCCGGCCUGUGGUUCAGCACCGGUCCAGCAGCAGCAGCAGCUCAGGAGUGGGCAGCCCAGCCGUAACACCCACUGAGAAGAUGUUCCCAAACAACUCCUCAGACAAGUCUGGCACAAUGUGACCUUCAGAAUGAGUGGUACCACCCAUGGCCCACCGCAGCACACCAUGAUCUAGGGUGGCCUUGGUGGCUUCUGCUUGCUUCCCAGGGAUCCUGGCCCUGGAGGGCAGAGUCCAGGAGGUCAGCCUGGGAGGGUGUGUGUCUGUGGAGAGCGGAGGUCCAGGCAUUCGUUGCAGCUUACACUCAGCCAUGUGAAUUCCACACACCGCUUGUGGGCAAACAGACACCCCAAGAAAUGCUGGAGCAAGUACAGCCCCAAGGACGGUGUUUACUAAGAUUGAGGCAAAAUGCUGACCAGCUCCUCCUGCAUAUCGUCACUGGAAAAUUAUUCUCUCGAUAUUCUCUACAUACGUAUAUAUGUGUGUGUAUAGAAAUAUGUGCACAUAUAUGCAUAUAUGUGUACAUAUGUGUUUGUAGGUGUGUGUAUAUAUAUAUUUAUGCAUCUAUAUACAUAUACUAGAUCUGGACAUACAAACAUGCUAGAUGUAUAUAGGAUCUCCUCUUUUUCUUUUUAUGAAACUUAGAUUUACCUCAGACCCAUGCCACCAAACAUCUCCCACUGUUACUUGGUGGGAUUUACAGGGACUUUCUUGGGAGAACUUAGAGGCCCCACAGUAACUGCGAAUGAAGCAAUAUACCACUCACCUGCAGAGACACAAAACCAGAAACAGUCUCUCACUGUCUCCAGAAGUCGUGGCCUUCCAGAACAGUCUGCCCCUAAAGGAAGGGUGGGGCAGGCAGUACCCCAAGCAGGCUGCUCCUGAAAGUGGAGAACCCUUCAUAGAAAACCCUCCAUCCACCCCAGAGACCCUGCCCUCCCACCCAGAGGCCAGAGAUCAACUGUAUCCCCCGAAUACACAGGGGAGGUUGAUGAAAAGACCCCUGACCACAGCAUCCUUGGGUUUGUAUGCAAAACUGGGAUGGUGAGAUGCCAAGCCCCAUCAUAGCACAGCAUUACCUGUGGCUGGGAAAAAAGAAAACAGAACAACAACAACAACAACAACCCCCCCCCCCCACACACACACACAAAAAAAAUCCAGUGAUGUGGAGUACUUCAAAUACUAGAACUGCUGUAGGAAUAAAUCUGCGGUAACUAGAAGUUUAACUUGUGUCAACUUCAAGAUUUGAUUUUUUUCUUUUCCUUAUUCUAUUAAUUAUACCGUGUCAGAUUUGGAACUAAACAGGCAAGGAGGUAUUGAGUCACACCAUGUCCAUUUGAAGUCGGGCCCAUAGCACACUGUGGUUCCUUGCCAGAUCUGUGAGUACCCAGUCAGCCCGCAGGCCUCAGUCCAAGGAGAGCAGCCUUGUGUGUUAGAAAACGCCAUAGGCCUAGCCUUUAUGCAAGUGGAAGAGCUCUCCCCUUCCUUUCUUCUUCCUCUUCCUCUUCCUCACAGACCAUUUAAUGUAGAUGAAAAAAAUGUGGUAGAAAUGAGGUGUGUGAUUUGUAGUGGAGUAGCUGGACAGAGGCCUUCUGCAUUGCUCUCAUCUGAUUCCAUUUUAGAUGCACUUUUGCUGCCUCUAUUUUCCAGAUACUUCCAGAUUUUCUGGACAAUCAAUCACAGGUAAAUUUCAUCCUUAUGGGACCACUUCUAUUCCCCUCCUCAUGCCAAACCAAGGAUCUUUUCCCUAUUCUCAUAUUCCCCCUCUCCCCCAACCCCAGUUGACUCUUAGCCCACCACUGAGGUUUAGAAUCCUAGCCCCAACUCUAUAGAGGCUGUGUGACCCCUAGGUCACACGUCCUUUUUGAGCCUUCCAUCUGGGCCCCGUGAAAGGAGGCUUACAAAGGUCGUGUAAGGGGGCAACCUGGGUUAGCUAGGAGCGCUGUGCCCACAUCUGUGUUCCUGUUGCUGUGAGGAAGAUACAUCAUUCAGAUCCAGAAGCCUCCAGACCUGCUUCUAGAAGCCCCCUGAUGGCACUUGAGAAUGGGCAGUGGAAUUUUCCCACCAGCUUCCCCUGAGCCCGAAAGCACUGCCCUGUCAGUGUGUCACCCAUGGUUGCUUGAAAUGCCAUCUUUAGUGUUUCUUCAUAUUGGAUUUGCUUCUGCCUUGUCCUCUGGUCCUCCACUAAAAGGUAACAAGGAGAUACCUAGUGAGUUACUAGUACCUAGGCAUGCUUUGCCUGUAGGACCAGCACUGAAACCACACCAUGGAAAGAAAAAAAUCAAGAAUGGGCACAAAAUGAGAUUGUUGGGGAGAGGCCGUGAUGAGUCUGACCUAGAGUCACCAAGCUUUCCCUUCUAGCUCCUGGCUAUGAAAGGCCUUCUUCUGUCUUUGAGCUCAUAAAGAGAUCUCCAUUUUACAGUUGAGGAGAGUGAGACCUGGGGGUGUGCUGAGAUUUGCCCAAGAUGUGGCAGAUGGCUGAGUGGGCUGUGUGAGGCUCGGGAAGCCCUCACUUGCAAGUGUGCUCUGGUAUCCACCUAGGCCAUAAGACCUCUUCUCUACCCCCGAGUUUGUUCCAGAUUUUAAGUUUACUCAUCUCCCAAGUAAAAAUGUAACAGUCUUUGCCUGGAUACCUGAUAAAAGCAAAUGUUUUGAGUUUACAGGUCUGUUAACGGACACACCUAAUGAGCCAGUUAGGCUGUGUAGAUUUUUCUCUGGGCUGGUUUAUUUCAUUUUCCCUUACUGCUUCUCCCAGAUUGACCUGAAGGCAGAGCCUCAGAUGUUUUCUUUGAACAUCUAUUGAUCUAUUGAUCAGCAAGUGACUGAUGAGUUCACAUUUAGGAAAGCACACACACAGAUGGCAGACGAAUCUUCAACUCCUCCAACCCCUAAUCUGAGCCUUGACGCAGAAAAAAUGGAAAAACACUGUCCCCAACUCUCUAUCUGGUCCCCUGCAUGUCUCAGCCACGCUCCAGCUCCAACUCAGUCCCAUGUCCAGUGAGCGUGGGCAUUCUCCUUCUGACUCUUGCCUGUUUUAGUCCACUAUAUAUUGCUGUAUUUGCUUAAAUGCUGGAAAGUAACUGUUAAAAUGUGAAACUGUAAUUUUUUUAAGGCUACAAUUAAAUUAUAGCCAACGCCACUCACCAAAUCUUUGCGCCUAGUAGAUAGAUCAAUGUAAAAACAAAUACCAGAAACCUAAUUGUACAGUGAGUAUGGGGGGAAUGUAGUAACCUAGUUAGUAGUCCUCAAUAUAGCCAAGCGUACAAGGGGGAAGUGGUGUCUACCUACUGUUCAUCACAUUAUUGAAAGCUGUACUGAUCAGUUAGUUGGUAACGGGCAUUUUUAUUUUUUAUUUUUUGGCUUCAUGGAAUGAGUUCUUAGCCUCUAACUUACCCCGAGGUCAAGCGUUUUGUCUUAUGUAUAACCAAUGUUCAGUCUGUUUUAGGGAUGAACCAGCAAGAUGUUCAUUUAAAACUGACCAAAGACAAUUCCUGGUCUAGUUUCCUGGGCACCUUGUGACCCAGAUGCCACUAAAGACCUUUCUCCGAUCAAUUUGAGAAUGAACCGUGCUUCCGACCCCUCUUCCUUCCCUGCCCUUCCUCCUCCUUUUCCUGGUCAAGAGCUGCUCUGAGCUGUGGGGGUCUAUGAACAAUUCUCGCCUUUCCUUGUUUUCAGUGCUAACGAUUUUUCACCUUGAAGCGCCUUUUGAACCCCGGACAGAGCUCACAGCUGGAGGGAAUUGUGGGCUUGGGAAUUAGACUGGGGAGUCUUUUCUCUGAAGUCACUAAACCAGGGGUCAGGAGAGAAAAGGAUUCCCAAGGAACGAAAGGUUUCUAUCCAAUGAAGAAAGAGUGGGAAGAGACCCAGGGAAAUGGAACCAUCCAUUGGCUACUGACUGGAGCCAGCAGUUCAGAGAUCUGCCUUAUAAACACUUAAAACUGGUUUGUGGUACACAAAGGGGAGCCAACAGGAAAGCAGCCUGCACACAAGGGCUUCCAUUGCUGGCGUCCCCUGGAGUGCCUUGCUGGGUGCAUUUCUUUCUUAUUCAGGAGGCACAGAUGCAGAGGACGUCUUGUGACCUGGUACCUGGUUGAUUGAUGCCAGUGCACACAUGGAACAGCUGAUGGAAAACCCAAGGACUGACACAAUGGUCCUCCCUCUCAGCCUCUCUAUUUCUAACUUCUCACCCUUCUAGAUCCUUCCACACUAGAGCAAAUGCCUCGAUCUCCUGAGAAACCCAGGAAGAAGAGUGGGGGGCCCUUCCAGCAGUGGUCGUGGGCCCUGCUGGGCUGGAAGGGAAGAUGUGGCAGGGAGGAAAAGGCAGAAAGGGGCAAGCAAGCUGAGGUGUUGCUUAGCUGAUUUUUCUGCUAUGCAGAGCUAAUGCUGACAGUUCAUGUCCGUGUCCCUGAUUCUCUGGGGUCUCUUCUCCGAUGAGCAGAAUUCUAAGCAGAGAAUUCCACAUACCCAAAGCUACCCAGGAGAGCUGCCAGGAGGGACUUCACUGUCAAUCUGAGACCUCCUGGCCUCUCUGGGUUUGAUCUGCCAGCGUCCUGUUGUCCCACCCUCUGGGACUGGCCAAAUGCUCAUCGCUGCCCUUUGCUGACACCUCCUUUCUGUGUGAACUGUCCCAGGCAAAUAACAAAGCUGUUCCUUGAACCGGAACCGCCAGAGUGCACUUUCCUUCCCUAGACGGAAGUGGGUCCUGGCUAGCUCUGCUACCCAGGCCCUCGUUCCAGGCAGUGUGACUGUUUACAUGGUUUGGCAAUAGGUUUGCUUCUGAUUGCUUCAGAGUGGCUGGUCUAUUUUGUUUCCUUUGCUUUGCUUCUUCCCUCAAAUUGUGACAGGAAAAACAAACAGAAACCACCCUAGGAAAUUGCUGGUUGCCUGUCCCCACGUGAUGCUAACUGUUGCCCUCUUCUGGGUAUCAUUUCUCUACCUUAAGAUCAAACGCCCGUCCUAUAGAGUGUCUGACUGGAUCCUCUGUUGCGUAUUCUGAUGGUGCCUGCUGGUUUGACGUGGAGCUAUCCUGUGAAAUAAAACAGCUUAACUUUUC